AUGUCGGGGUAUCCAAGCAAUUCGGCGGCUGUAGUGGCUGCUCAGCAGCAACAGCAACAACAACAACAACAACAGCAACAACAACAGCAACAACAGCAACAACAACAACAACAACAAAGACAUCAACAAAGACUCAAUGAACUCUUGGAUGCAGUCAAACAAGAGUUUGACUUUGCAUUGAAUGAAGCUUCAUCCUUCAAGCAAGUCAAGGAGGACUAUGAUCUUAAGUACAACCAACAAACUGCAGAAAUGCAACAAAUCAGACAAUCUGUUUAUGAACUUGAGAUGGCUCAUAGAAAGAUUAAGGAGGCUUAUGAAGAUGAAAUCUUGAGAUUAAAGACUGAAUUGGAAAGCAGAGAUCGUGCUGCCGCCCAACAAUCGGCUGCUGUCGCUGCCGCUCCUCCAAACGGUCUGGCUCCAUUUGGUGGAUACCAUCGUCCUGAAACUGGAGCUGCCCCAGGUGCUGCUGCUACUACUGGCACUGCUCCUGGCGCUCCUGGCGCACCAGUCCCUACCACCUCUUCACAAUUACCCCCACCACUCAAACAAUCACCUCCAAAGGAAUCUCCUCAAGUCCCAAAGAUAGAACCAGUUUCUAUCAAUAAGGACACUACUGCUGUCCCAGCAGUUGCUGCCAUUGCUGGUGGUUCUGGUGGUCUUUCCAACGUUCCUCCACAAACUUCUAACCAAAUUGCCCCAAUCACCGAACCAACUUCCACAACCUCCACCGCUCUUACUGUCGUUGACAAGCAACAAUACAUUGUCAACCCAGCUCAAAAGGCCUUACACGUUAAGGAAAUCCCACCUUUCUUGCAAGACUUGGAUAUUAACAAGGCUUCACCAGAAUUCACCAAACAAAAUCCAGAUUACUUUGUUUUGUACAACCCAGCAUUCGAAAGAAAUAUGGAAAUUGAUUUGAUUCAUUCUUUGGAUCAUUCCUCUGUCGUUUGUUGUGUUCGGUUCUCCAAAUCUGGUGAAUUUAUUGCUACUGGUUGUAACAAGACUACUCAAGUUUUUAAUGUCAAGACUGGUGAAUUGGUUGCCAAGUUGAUUGAUGACAAUUCCACCAACAGUCUUAAUGGUGCCAAUGGUGCAAAUGGUAACGAAUCCGGUGAAAAGGGUGGUGCUCAAGGUCAAGUGGCCACCACUGCUUCUCCCUCUUCUUCUGCUGCCGCCAACACCAAUGGUGAUCUCUACAUCAGAUCUGUAUGUUUCUCUCCAGAUGGUAAACUUCUUGCCACUGGUGCUGAAGAUAAAUUGAUUAGAAUUUGGGAUUUGGCCACCAAGAGAAUCAUUAAGAUCUUACGAGGCCAUGAACAAGAUAUUUAUUCUUUGGAAUUCUUCCCCGAUGGGAAUAGAUUGGUUAGUGGAUCUGGUGAUAGAACCGUUAGAAUCUGGGAUUUAAGAUCUUCUCAAUGUUCGUUGACCCUUUCCAUAGAAGAUGGUGUCACCACCGUGGCCGUGUCCCCCGAUGGACUGCUCAUUGCUGCCGGUUCCUUGGACAGAACCGUUAGAGUCUGGGAUUCAACCACUGGAUUCUUGGUGGAAAGAUUGGAUUCCGGUAAUGAAAACGGGAACGGUCAUGAAGAUUCCGUUUAUUCGGUUGUUUUCUCCGCCAAUGGGAAACAACUUGUUUCUGGAUGUUUGGACAGAACUGUCAAGUUGUGGAAUUUGGAAGGAAAGCAGGACUCUUCUGUUUCUCCAACCGCUAACAGUUUAAGUUCCAGAAAAUCUUCAUGUGAAGUGACUUACAUUGGACAUACGGAUUUCGUUUUAUCUGUUUGUCUUACUGCCAAAAAUGAAUACGUCAUUUCUGGUUCCAAAGAUCGUGGGGUUAUUUUCUGGGAUGAAGUUUCUGGAAACCCAUUGUUGAUGUUGCAAGGUCACCGUAACUCGGUUAUUUCCGUCGCAGUUAGCUCUAACUCUGAUGCCACCGAGGGUAUUUUCGCCACCGGUAGUGGUGAUUGUAAGGCCAGAUUAUGGAGAUGGAAGAAGAAAUAA